GAAGAAGGUGAGGGAGGAGGAAGGUUCCUUCCUUCCUACAUGCCGCCUUGCCCACUUCAACCCACCAAUCUCCGCCCUCUUUCAAUUCCAGAUCCAAAUCCAAAUCCAGAUCCUCCUUCCUUCACUUCAUCUGCAUCUGCAUCUGCAUCUGCAUCUACAUAUCUGCAUCUGCAUCAGUCAGACUCCGUUUAUUGACUUCAUCUUCAUCUUCCUCCUCCUCGCAGACAGCGGUUCCAGUAUGAUCUGCCCACCUAUUUAAACCUCUUCCUUCAUCUCUGCAUCAAGAAAUUCAGACGAGAGGGAAGACAAGAAGGAGACGAUUUCAAAAACCUUCGUGGUCGGCGGUUUGGGUGUUGAAAUCUGGAAUGGUCAAUUUCCCAAAUUGGGGUUUUGGGGUGCUGCUUUACAAGGGGCUGUUGGUUUGCACCAGUUCUUGAGAGGUUUCGAGGGAAGUGAAUUGCAAGGAAAGCGUCUUGGCCCAAGGCUCACCCUUACGCCUUCAACAAAUAUGGCUUCAACACAAUGCUUUCUAUUUUUGUAUUUGACACAUUGACUUAAACCUUUACACUCCGCUCCCUCAUCGUUACAGCUUCAUGCCAAAGUGCCCUUGAACUUCUUAGUCCUUCAAGUUCCAUUCCAUUUCCUUUAACACCAACACCUUAUUACUUGUGGGAAGUCUUUGGAAAAACACUACCAAAUGGGAUCUAAUAUGUUGGAGUUAUCAUCAGAAAAUAUCGAUUUGGAUUCGGAUGAGGAGAGCCCGUUAACAUUAUCACAAUCUGCAGUUGCAAAACAAUCUUUUCAGUUCGAGGUACCUCAUACAAGUGUCCCCAAAUCCAAAUCACAAGUCCUCAAAAAGUUACAAUACACUGCUUUCCACAGUGUCAACGUUGUCUUGUUCAAAGCCAAGAUCAAUGUUUUGCUUCCUUUUGGACCUCUUGCAGUAUUACUACACUACCUCACAGGCCGCCAUGGAUGGGUCUUCUUUUUUAGCUUACUGGGGAUUACACCUUUAGCUGAACGACUGGGUUAUGCAACCGAGCAGCUUGCAUGUUAUACAGGGAAUACAGUUGGAGGUCUUCUAAAUGCAACGUUUGGCAAUGCAACAGAAAUGAUUAUUUCAAUAUAUGCAUUAAAGAAUGGGAUGAUUAGGGUUGUUCAGCAGUCAUUAUUAGGUUCCAUCUUGUCAAACAUGCUGUUGGUGCUUGGUUGUGCUUUCUUUACUGGUGGUGUAGUUCAUUAUCCAAAAGUUCAGCGUUUCAACCAAACGGCUGCAAUAGUUAGUUCAGGGCUGCUGUUGAUGGCUGUAAUGGGUAUACUAUUACCAGCGGUGCUUCAUUUUACACACACAGAAGUUCAUUUUGGGAAGUCUGAGUUGGCACUUUCAAGGUUCAGCAGCUGUAUAAUGCUGGUGGCAUAUGCAAGCUAUCUUUUCUUUCAACUGAAAAGUCAUACUAAUCUUUAUGAUUCAGUUGAUGAGGAAAGAGAGAAUAACGAGGAGGAUUCUGAUGAAGAAGAGGCUCCCGAAAUUACAAUGUGGGAAUCAAUUGUUUGGCUUACCAUCUUGACAUUAUGGGUUUCUGUAUUAUCUGGAUACCUCGUUGAUGCCAUACAGGGAGCAUCUGACUCAUGGAAUAUGCCUGUCUCUUUCAUUAGUGUAAUCCUGCUUCCCAUUGUUGGUAAUGCAGCUGAACAUGCAAGUGCCAUCAUGUUUGCCAUGAAAGAUAAACUUGACAUAACACUUGGAGUAGCAAUUGGAUCAUCAACUCAGAUAUCCAUGUUUGUGAUCCCAUUCUGUGUGGUUGUUGGUUGGAUAAUGGGGCAGCCAAUGGACUUGAACUUUCAGCUCUUUGAGACAGCUACUCUUUUUAUCACAGUGUUAGUUGUUGCAUUUAUGCUGCAGGAAGGAACAUCAAAUUACUUCAAAGGUGUGAUGUUAAUCCUAUGCUAUCUGAUUGUUGCUGCGAGUUUCUUUGUACACGUGGAUAAAUCUGAUGAUGAGUAGGCUGGGAGUGAUGGCGAUUGUUGUAAUUUUGUGAGGAACGAACGAACUAUUAGUUGUUGAUGAUGUAGAAUUGUGGAAAACAAAGAAAAAAUUUAUAUGGUUUUGGUUGAAAAUUAGAUGUAAGCAGCCAGCCACUAGUGAAAUGAAAUGCCUGCCCUUGUUUCAACUACAUGUAAAAAUCUACUUAUUUGUUUCUGUAUUUUUCCCUUUUAUACAGUAAACCGCUUUUUUU